UUAUGGUGAUGAACAAGAAAUAAACAAAAGGCAAUAUUCAAAGCAAAAAGUAAUCGACUUUAGCAAAAACAUACAUACAUUCCCCCCAUAGUCAUUGACAUCCACCGAUUGCUACCAAAUUCCGUUGAAAAAAUCUGUCAACUUUCUCAACUGAAACCCCCAAAUCAUCAACAACAAAUCCCACCACAUCACAUCUUCUGUAAAUUCAUCAACCAACCCCAACACAAAUUCACGAUAUGAUUUCUAAUCGCAUAUUUUGAGUGUUGAAAAUAAGGUAUGAGCCGGCCGGCGGUACACCCAGUGGAGCCGCCGCCUUUCAUCGAUGGAAGAAACGACGUCGCGCCGCCUCGAAGAGUGAGGAUGAAAGAUAUUGAAGGUAUGCCCGGUACGUUAACUGGACUGGCACUCCGUUUAUGCCAGGUCAUCUUCACCGUUAUCUCUCUCACUGUCAUGGCUACCACCUCUGAUUUCCCCUCCGUCACUGCUUUCCGAUACCUUGUGGCUGCUGUUGGGUUGCAAAGUUUAUGGAGCUUGUCAUUAGCCAUAAUCGAUGUAUACGCACUUUGUGUAAAAAGAAGCUUGAGGAAUCCUGUACUCGUUACCAUGUACGCCAUUGGUGACGGGAUCACAUCCACCCUUACUUUUGCUGCUGCAUGUUCAUGUGCCGGGAUUACAGUUCUUAUAAGCAACGAUCUCAAUAGAUGCGACAUAAACCAUUGCAAAAAGUUCAUGUCAGCAACAGCAAUGGCUUUUAUAAGUUGGUUUGCUAUAUCUCCGUCCUUUUUCCUCAACUUCUGGUCAUUGGCCGCACAAUGACAAAGAGAAACAGUCAUCAUUACUGAUCCCGGUUUUUUUGUUUUUGAAUCUUUUAAUGGAGUGCAAGCUACAAAUCUCAAAUUUUGUGUGGUUAACUUAUUAUAUGGCUUUGAUUUUUAGA